GUGAUUACUUCCCAGAUUACUCAGUCUUUGUUUACGAAGUUUAUCUUGGUAAAAUGAAGUGGCUCGCUAAGAAUCUACUCCUCACAAUCGCAUUUUACUUUAAUUUUCGGGGUGAUCCAUUGGAUCUCAAUCCUAAUGAGAUGACAUGUUACAUGACUUACAAUGGCCAAGACCUUAAGGUGACAAGAGUUCCUCAUGAAGAAGUCCCGUUAAAGGUAGAGCUUUUGCCUCACAAUAUGAGUAAUCCAAAACAAUCAUAUGUAAAAUCAUAUGACGUCAGAAAAAUUUAUGUUCAUUUUGGUGGCUUAUACUUUGUGAUGCACGUGAGACAUAAAGUAAAAGGUAAAGAACAUAUAGCAUAUAUAGGAGCAGAUCUUGACCUAGAAGGGCCGAACCGGCCGCCAGAGAUCUACUCAGGAUCAAACUCAGGAUAA